GUCAUCAGCCUGCGCAACGGCCGGGCACCCGGCGGUUCAGGUCGCUUAGAGAGUCGUAGGUCGGGUAGUGCGGGUCGCGGCGGGGGCUGCGGAGAGGGUGCGUAACUGAGGGGCGUGAUGGGGGAGGCGGCCGUGGCCGCGGGGCCUUGUCCGCUGCGCGAGGACAGCUUCACGCGCUUCUCGUCGCAGAGCAAUGUGUAUGGGCUGGCAGGCGGCGCCGGCGGGCGCGGUGAGCUGCUGGCCGCCACGCUUAAAGGCAAGGUGCUCGGCUUCCGCUACCAAGACCUCCGACAGAAAAUCCGGCCAGUGGCCAAGGAGCUGCAGUUCAACUACAUUCCCGUGGACGCGGAGAUUGUCUCCAUUGACACUUUCAACAAGUCACCCCCCAAGCGGGGUCUGGUUGUGGGGAUCACGUUCAUCAAGGAUUCAGGGGACAAGGGCAGCCCCUUCCUGAACAUUUACUGCGACUAUGAGCCCGGCUCUGAGUACAACCUUGACUCCAUUGCCCAGAGCUGCCUGAACCUGGAGCUCCAGUUCACUCCGUUCCAGCUGUGCCAUGCAGAGGUUCUGCAACUGUGGUCGGUCCUGCAGGACGGCCCCAUCUCCCGAGUGAUCGUGUUCAGCCUCUCAGCCCCCAAGGAGACCAAGGACAGGCCAGCACAAGAUGAAUACAGCGUGCUCGUGGCCAGCAUGUUGGAGCCAGCAGUGGUGUAUCGGGACCUGCUGCACCGGGGUCUUGAAGACCAGCUUCUCCUGCCCGGCAGUGACCAAUUUGACAGCGUCCUCUGCGGCCUGGUCACCGACAUGGAUUUGGAUGGGCGGCCGGAAGUCCUGGUGGCCACCUAUGGACAGGAACUGCUGUGUUAUAAGUACCAGGGCCCAGAGUCGGGGCUCCCUGAGGCCCAACACGGGUUCCGCCUACUGUGGCAGCGGGGCUUCUCGAGUCCCCUGCUGGCCAUGGCUCACGUGGACCUGACCGGGGACGGGCUGCAGGAGCUUGCCGUGGUCUCCCUGAAGGGCGUGCACAUCCUGCAGCACAGCCUGAUCCAGGCCUCAGAGCUGGUCUUGACCCGGCUUCGACAUCAAGUGGAGCAGAGGAGACGUCGGCUACAGGGGUUGGAGGACGAGGCAGGUGCAGGGCCAGCUGAGAAUGCAGCCUCUUAAGCACCCAUGUACCCACUCUUCCCAGACCUGGGGCGACUCAUGGCGUGCUCACCGCCACCCGCUGGUGGGGGGUGUCCUGAAGGACAGGAUGCUCUCCUCAGACCUCCCCAGGGUGGUGAAGCUAUAUCCUGAGACCCAAGCUAACCUACUCCUCUCUCUGUGCCUCAGUGUCCCUAUUUGAAAGCAGGGAUGAUCCCGACCCACCCUGUCCACUCUCGAUGAGAAUUGGCUAACUGAUGGUUAUUUAUAUGUCCAGAAGAACAGCAUUUCCCAGU